UGCUGCGGACCAAUCAGCCGCUGUUGUCUCUAAACCAACUCAGGCUGCAGCUGCGCCUCCCGCAUUACCCACAGACUGGAGACUGAAACUGAUGUUUGUCAGCGGGUCUUCUCCGGGAGACAAAACUCGAGAUAACUUUUGGGAAAACAGAAAGUAUUCUGGAGUCGUCUUGCUGAGGUUUAAACGUUUAGCCAUCUGUGUGGUCCCAGAUUGACGGGGACCAGACUCUUCCGUGACAAACUGAAACUGAGGAUUCAUUUCAAGUUUGUAAGUUUCCAAACCUGAAACAUGGUUUUAACGAUGCGGCAAUCCUUAAGGGGCAGCUAUGCGCUUUAUUGUGGCGCUUCACCGCCUUUAACUCCCAUCUGGGACUAGAUGAGAAACGACCCGUCAUAUUCAGAGGAGACUAUGAUGGAGACGCUCCUAUGAAGUCAGAUUUACACCCUUGGAUAAUUUAAGUUGUGCCAUCUUAAUGGAGCGGGUUCUACUUCUGCUAUGCUGCGAGUUGAUCAUAGCCAUCGGUUAUUGUGGUGGAUCUCCAAACCAUAACCAUCGCCCCGUGUGUUGGAAAGCCAUCCUCAAGUGCCACGAAGAACCAGAGUGCCGUUACGCGUAUGACCAGUACCUCCAUGCCUGCGCCUCCGUUAUCAGCGGAGUACGCAAGAAGUGUCCCAGUCACUGCAUAUCAUCUCUCAUUCAGCUCAAUCUCACCCGAACCGGCCCGGAUCUGGAGGACUGCGACUGCGCCACGGACCCGGUGUGCAGGAGCACAAAGCAAGCCAUCGAUCCGUGCGUGCCGCGGACCAGCAUCAUGGGCUGCACCGAGGCCCGGUUGCAGUGCGAGACAGACCGGGCAUGCAGCUCAGCAAUGAGGGAUUAUUUGUUCCACUGCCGGAAACUUUUCGGCGGGCAGAGGUGCUCCGAGAGCUGCCGCAAAAUGAUCGCCAACAUGCGCUCCAUACCGAAGGCGCAGCAGCUUGACGUGUGCAUCUGCGAUGGCACUGAAAGAAACAUCUGCGAAUACAUCAAGUUGAGCAUGAAGACUCUUUGCACGGAUUCCAGCGACAGGCUCGCAGGGAGCGGAUUUUCAGACUCUGAGGAGGACACAGAGGAAGAUUAUAUUUACCAGGAUGAUUAUCAGUAUGCUGAACAUUCAAGCAGCCCCCCAACUUAUCAAAAACCUCUAAAAACCUUGACCUUUAUGGUAAUUUUCACGAGAUUUAUCUGAAGAACUAUGCAAUUUUUUAUUUUAUUGUAAAAUUUUAUUCGACCAGAGCCGGUCCAAUGGUGUAUGGAACUGCAUAUGGAGUCCUCACUUGCAGCUCCAUGGAGUCCCGCAGACUCUGCCAGGUCUGCGGGACUCCAUAGAGUUGGGGAGGAGGGGGAGAGUUUAGGGUGAAAGGGGGGAGAGGUCACAGAAAUGCAACCCUAGUUCAGACGCAAGCAGCAGAAAUGAUUUCAUUAGCAUUAAAAUAUAACUCUGUUCAUAUUACUUUUAAAUUAUGAAGGUUAACAUUUAGAAUGCUGUAUUUAACGUGUACGAUGAAGUCAGAUUUUAAAGUUCCCAGUCAAGAACACAAGACCAAGAACACAAGACCUUCACCUGAGGUCAGAAUUAUUGUUUGGUAUUGAUAACAGGAGUUAGGACCAAAAUUAAUAGCAAACCCCCUGAUUUUCCUGCUUGCAACAGGGACACUGUCAAUUUUAUUAUACUCCCAGUGUUACUCUACAAAUGGCAGAAAAAGUUGUAAUCUGUGCAAUAAAAACAUGUACUUAAAAUCUACUACUAAAUUUUGCAGGUGUUUAUUCUAUAUUCUGCCUAUUUCUAAUUAUAAAAUGAAAAUAUCAAUAAAUAUAUGCUACAGAUAAAAUUCUUAAAUCUGUAACAGUCAGGAUGUUAAAUUGUUUUCGCAGCCGCAUAAAUAAUAGUUGAUCUUCUGCUUCAAAUAAAAGUGAUUGGGUUAGGUUGUAGAUUUUCUUCUAUAUAUUUGUGUUAAUACACAAAUAUAUGGUAUGGCAUGGAAAAUACCAUGAAAGCCUCAUAACAGCCCAUUUCCUAUUCCAGAGUAAAUUCCAGUGCUCUUAGGACCCCCAGGUCAGCUAAGACCCCUAAGCAGUUGCAAAGUUCACAAUAUCAUGUAAAAAUGAUUCUAUAUGAGUUUAAAUGUGUGUGUGUGUAUAUAUAUAUAUAUAUAUAUAUAUAUAUAUAUAUAUAUAUACAUGAGAGAUACACUGGGAAGGUGAGCCCCACCUUUGUACCGCCCAGUGUGUUCACAGAUAAAGGAAAGAUGUGUUCUCUACAAGUGCCUAAACUCCCUGAGUGAGCAGUCACUUACCUUUGAGAGAAACCAAAGUUCAUUUAGACUACCUAAAUGUGUUUUAACCCCAGGGCAGAUUCUGCCAUCGGCUACAGGAAGCUCUUACAAUGAUACACUUGUCUCUGUAAGCAUGGAUGUUUUCUUAAGACAGAGGUGUUAACUCCCGAUGAAUACAUGUUCCAACAGACCAAAGAAAGGAUUUGGAGCCAAAAAAAGGGCUCAGUUGGUUAGUUUGCCUUUGCUGCCUCGCUUUGUUUUAAAACUUUCUAAACACACAGUGCUUGAAAAAUAUGCUUGUGACUUGAUGAGUGGAGAUUUUAUGUGCCUGCUAUGAAAACACAGACCAAUGAAUGUAAAACUUUAGUGAAUAAAGUUGUUUUGACAUCU